UAACAGAGAGACUAACAGAAACAGAAACGGCACUUCACAACAUCACACAUGAACCUUUCUUGGCUUACUCUGAGUUUUAGAAAUCUUGGGUCAGACUCACUCCAAAAUGUCAGAUUCAGAGGACGAGAGCAUCUCAGAAGAUGAGAGAGACAUUCAGUGUGAGAUUCUGGAGAAAGAGCGAGACGAUGCCAAUGAAAAACUGUCAAUGAUGGGGAAAGCGUCUUCUCAGCUGCUCAAGGAGUUGGAUAUGUUAGAGAUGCAGUUUCAGAUCGAGCGUUCCUGCAGGGAAACCGCAGAGGCUUUUGCACUGAAGGUUUCAAAGGAUUUCAAGGUAUUAAAGAGGAAAAGCCAAACCAUUCUUCCUCUGAUCCCUGAGAUGCCAGAAAACCUCUCUGUCCUGAACCUUGACCUGAAGACUGACCCAGACUCUGACUCGGAGCCGGGUCCGGAUGAAGAUCCACUUCUGAAGAGUCAGAAUCAGCUUAAAGAGCUCCAGUCAUCAGUGGAUCGGUUACUCGGGGAGAAAAUUCAACUGUGUGAGCAGGUGGAACUCCUUAAGAAAGAGAAAGAAGAUCUGAAGGAAAAGCUGUUGCUGGAGGUCGGCGAGAAGGAGGCGCUUGUGAAGAAACUCAGCAAGCACAACAGAACUGUGAAUAAAAUGAAGAGAGUAUCGCAGCUUGUUACAGAAGAGUUUGCCGAGAUGUCACACAAGCUUGAAAUGGAGCAGGGACUCAGACAGCACGCUGAAGUUUUUGCGCAUCAGAUGCUGGUGAAACAGAGAGAAACCGAAAGACAGACUUUGACCCUCGUACAAAACGCCGAGACUGAAAGACAACUGCAACACGCUCUGAAUCAAGUGUCUGGUAUUGGCAAAACUCUGGAAGAGAUACGACUGUGUUUCCAAACCCAGCUGAAACAGUCACAGACGGCGGCUGAGGAGCUCAACACUUUAUCAGAUCUUGCAGCUGCGAGAACAAAGCUGGAGAUCAGCGAGGAAGAAAGAAGCAACUUGGAAACACAACUUAAAGACUCACAACAAUCUUUAACUGAACUCCAGGAGGAAAUCAAACAGCUCCAGGAUAAACUGAGAAAAACGGAGGAGCUUUCUUCUCUCAAAUCUGACCAAUCAAAAGAGGAAAAUGAAAAUCCAGUUGGUCCGCCAUCCCUAUCUCCUCCGCCUCCACCUCCACCACCGCCUCCGCCAUCUUUAACAGUCACAGACCCAUUGAAGGUCUUGAGGGACAAAAAGAAGGUUGGAGAUGCCACUGAAACUGCAAAACCUAAAAUGAUUGAGAAUAUGAAGUUCAGAGCUGUGGAUGAGAUGAUGGAGAGAAUCAAGAAGGGAAUUAUACUUAGACCCAUUCUUAAACCAGCACAGGGUGGAUCAGAGGAUGAAAAUGCAUGGAAGGAACAAAGAUCCGAGAACCGAAAAUCAGCUGUACUGGAAUUGCAGGGGAUGCUGGAUUCCAUGAGGAGGUCUGGCCCUCGCCGCGGUGAAUCUAAAAAACGCUUCAGCCGUAAUAUUGCGGAGGCAGAGCUUCAGAUGGUGCUCCAGAGACGGAGGCGGGCCAUCGGGGAUGACAAAGGUACCCCAUCUGCUCCACCAAAGCCCAAAGAAUCACCUGCAGCGAUCUCUUCGCCCUGGACCGGUGAGAGUGGAAGCGCCCCUGUGCUCAGAAGACUUCAACAGAACCGUGAGAAGAGAGCUUCUCGCAUAAAGGCCUCUGAAUCUAUUAUAUGGGAGGAUAAAUGCCAGAAUUUGUUUAGAGUAAACGUCAGAAGACUGAAUAAAACUUUAACCCUGGUAACCUGUGAUAAAAAAGCCAAGGACCUUGCAUUCAAAGUGAAUUAUGAACAAAAUAAAAUACAUUCUUUUUGCUUUUCUUUGUGCUUGUAUGGGACAUACAGUAAAUACUUUGAGUUUUCCAUUUGGAUACUUGUACAGUUCUUUUUGAAUUAGACAUUCAGCUGUGAAUUUUUAAAGCACUGAAUAGGGUUUUUACUUCAAUUGAUUUUUGACACCGAACUCUCAAAACUCUCAUAUGAAAUAUGAAUUUGCAUAAGGUGAAAUGUUCAAAAAAAUGACCCCUGGCCCUAUACGUUGUGAAUGCAGAGCCACCUCACACAAUAUUUUCAAAUUGCCAUAAGAUUGUGUCAAUUCACUAGGUGUUAUAAUCCCACUAUUUCAGCACAGUUGAACUGCCCAAUAGGACAUUUCCCACGCCUUAUGCAUGACAGGGGGAAGCAGUCAAGAAUAUGAAGAGAGGAAAGGAGAUCCGAGGUUUCACUGGGUUCGUCGGGUAUAGGCGUCCUCUGUGUUUGGGGGAUAAAUGAUUAUACACGGCAUACUUACCUUUCCUUGCCAUUGUCAGAGAGACAUCUCAUGAGUUGUGUGUCCCACUUUCAUCACAUCCAUUAUCCUGGGUGAAAGAUGCUUUUUGUGAGGUGCUGCUGAUAAUGCCCUUUGUAUGGUUCCCAUCAAUGCGACACAUGGUCAGUUGUGCUCCUCAGCCUCAUUGGGUGUUUUGGCCCUUUAUCACAACAAAAUGAUUAAAUGUUAAAUCGGCUUGCCAUAGAUAAGGUGAGAAGAUAAGAAAGGAAGAAAAGAGAGAUUAUGAGAUGAAAGAAUAAGAGAGGGAGAUGAGCUGGUGUAACAAGAGUCUAUUUUAUGAAUAAUGGUCACUACUCCAGUCUAAUGUGACCAUUCCAAUUCAUACACCAUUCAUUUGCAUCUCGGCAAAAAAGACAAUAUGAUGAAGCAUCAUUGGUCAUUGAGUCACUGCCCAAUUUGGACUCAACAUCCACGUUUUACGUAAACAAUUUGUAUGAAGUGUGUAAUUGAUGAUUAUUUAGUUAAUGUUUUUGUUGAUGUUAAAAAUAUUUGUAUGAUUCAAAUGUAAUUGAGUGCGAACAGCUCCUAUACUCAAAACUGUAUACUUCACACAAAGUGCAAUGUAGAGGCAAACGUUGGGUUUACAAGAAAUGAAAAGGGCUAACACAAGCCAUUUCGGAUGUAUUAAGAAAAUUUCUAGGCAAAAUAAUGUUUGAGCGCUGAAAAAAAUAAAGAAAAAAAUU